CAUGUUUUCUUUGGCUUUUUAUUAUUAUCAUCAUCUUUUUUUGCCAAAAAAAAACAGUUUUGAUUAUAAAAGAUUAAAAUGAUGAGAUGAUUUUGAUAUAUGUUUUAUUCAAUUUGUAGAUUGAGAAAAUUGUCAAUGAAAAGAAUAUCGAAGAAGAACAUGGCUUUGAAUAUUGAUCGUAAAAUUAUAAUUCUGUUGAUCAUAUUGUUUAUAAUGAUAUUUCGUUAUUGGCCACCAUAUCAACGUGGAUUUAAUUGUACGGAUAAAUCAUUACAACAUCGAUUUCGACCAUUAUGGUUUAAAACAUCAUAUUUAUUUCUAUUUACAUUGUUUCUACCAAUAUUGAUAAUUUAUAUGAUUCAACGAUACACAUCAUCUUCAUCAUCAUGUUCAACAGGAUUGAAAAAGUUUCUAAUCGGUUUUAUGAUCAAUUUGAAUUUGACCGAAAUAUUCAAACGUACAUUUGGUCGUUUACGGCCACAUGUUUAUGAUUUUUGUCAUUUAGAUCGUUAUUGUCCUAAUGGUACAAAUAUUGAUCAUUAUAUUGAUUCAUUUGAAUGUAUAAAUAAUGAUUAUCCAUGGUAUAUAACAAAUGAACGUCUUUCAUUCUAUUCUGGUCAUUCAUCAUUGGGUGCAUUCGCUGGAACAUUUUUGGUUUGUUUUUUGCAUGAAAAUUUUUAUCAAAAAUUACAACAACAAUCAUCAACAUCGAAAUCUAAUAAAUGGAAAAAUAAAUUAUUAUUGUCGUUAGAGAUGGUCAUUUUUCUUAUAUAUCUAAUACCAGGAUAUAGCCAAUAUCUAAUCAAAUGGCAUUUCCUAAGCGAUAUAUUAGCCGGAUUUACAUUCGGUUCAUUACAUGCAUUAAUUGUACAUAGAUUAUUUCUAUAAUAAUUUAUAAAUGUUAAAUUUUUUUUCAAAUUUUUAAAAAAUUUAUUAUCAAUUACAAAAUUUAUAUCAAUAUAUAUCCUAUGAACAGAAAAAAUUUUUCACAAU